AGCCCACAUCCAGCAAGCAUCGCCAAGUGAUCGCAAUGAAAGCCUUUUGUGGAGUUUUGAUUUUCCUUAUCGUGCUAUCAGGUUCGGUCUCAGCGGACGAUGAUUUUUGCCCACGACAGUUUCGGGCGAAUGCCGCGUCGAUCGUGAAAGAUAUGCACGAGUAUCUCACACUGUUCCGAACGCUGGCGAUGUUCAAGCUUGAAGAAUAUUCCCUCGGCAAACACGCGAUCCCAGUCAUGAAUACCUUUUUCGACACGCUGCCACAGUAUACUAGAGAUUGUCACGCAGUAAGCAAAGGAGCCAAGAGUGGGUAUACGGUCCAAUUGUUCCUAACGGACUUGUCGUCGAACUUCGAGACAGUCGUGACUUUCUACAGAGAGCUGAGGGCUCAGAAAGACGCCAGCGGCAAGGAAGAUAGAUGUCUAUCCGAACACGUCAUCCAUUUCCUCGCGGACAACAAGGAUAUCGCGGACGCGCUGCUGUCAGUCCUGAAAAUGGUCAAUCGCGCGAGACGUGACGAGCUAUGAAUGGAUGGUCAUGCGUGACAGCACCCUCGCGAAAAGUUCUUCGUGCUCUGCGAGAAGGGGAUGGACGCAGCUCCGGCUUCCAAGCCGCCGCCCGUCUAAUGGGAUGAUACUGCCCAUCUAACAGCUGCCA